AUGACAACCUGCAAUGGUGAAUCUUCUACUUGGGGCAAAGGAGCAUAUAAGACCUUUAAUGAUCAGAUCUUUUCCUUCGAAUCUUCGUGCACAUACACCUUCUGUCGUCACUGUGUUGAAUCUGGAAGUUAUUUUAACAUUGAAAUCAAGCGAAAUAAUCAGAAUGAUAUUGAAAAUAUAACGAUCCUAAUCGAUGGUAAUGAUAUCUCUAUUAGUGGAAAAACCAUCCUGGUUAAUGGAGAAAGGAUAUCUGUUCCAUUUAAUAACAAGAUGAUUCACAUAAAACAUUAUGGAGACUCUACUAAGCUGGAAAGCCGUAGAGGAAUCCUGUCUUUAAUAUGGAACACCAAGGAUAAAUUGUCACUUACUCUUCACAAAUCAUAUCCUACCUGUGGUCUUUGUGGAAAACUGAGUGAUGCUGCCGGAGAUAUUGACGAAAACAUCGCCAGCAGUAAAAUUUCUGAUGACUGUCCUAAAUCCACUGCUAAGCAAUAUGAAGAAUGUGAGGAUGGAAAAGAGUAUUGCAACAAGGUGAUUGGAACAUACUUUGAGAAGUGUGGAAAAAUCACUUCCUUGUCCAGGGAAUACAGACAAAUCUGCAUUGAAGACUACUGCAAGAAUGGGGGCAAGAAAUAUACUUGCGACACUUUCUCUGAAUUGUCUCGCCUCUGUGCCUCAGAUGGUUCUGGUGCCUACGAAUCGUGGAGAAAUGAUCCUGAUAUAAUCUGUGAAAAACCUGUAUGUCCAGGAACACAAAUCUAUAAAGAAUGUAGUCCUUCAAACCCAUCAACAUGCUCCAAUGUGGCUCCCUUCCAAAACAGUGAAUGUGUGAAUGGCUGUGUCUGCCCCGAAGGUUAUCUGCUUGAUGAUAUUGGAGAAAACCUUACUUGUAUAUUAAAGGCUGAAUGUCCUUGUGAAUCCAAUGGAAAGGUAUACAAGCCAGGAGAAGUGCGGGAAGGCCCCUGUUUUUCUAACUGCACGUGUCAAGAAGCAAAGUGGUUCUGCACAGAAACAUUAUGUCCUGGAAGAUGUAAAGUAGAAGGAAGUUCAAUUACAACUUUUGAUGGUGUUUCAUAUGAGCAUCCUGGAAACUGUCACUUUUUAGCUGUCCAUGAUGAAAACUGGUCUAUUAGCAUUGAACUUCGUCCGUGUCUAAAUGGUCAAACCGGAACAUGCUUAAAUAGUGUCACCCUUCUUUUAAAUUCUUCUCUUUCAGCUGACAAAUAUGUAUUUAAUAAUGAUGGCAGUGUCACAAACAACAAGAUUAAAAGGCAAGGUUAUUAUUAUUCAGAUGCAAUUCAGAUUUUUAGGGUAACUUCCUCAUACCUACAAGUAAAGACAUCUUUUGGAUUAAAAAUGCAAAUACAAAUUGAUCCAGUGAUGCAAUUGUAUAUUUCUUUGCCACCCAACAAAUUUACAAACACAGUGGGGCUCUGUGGUUCCUACAAUAACAAAGCAGAGGACGAUUUCUUGUCAAGUCAGAACAUGUUAGAAAAGACAUCUCAGGUUUUUGCUGACUCUUGGGAAAUGAUGUCCUGUCCCAAAGGAAGACCUUCUUCAUGUAUAAGCAUAGAAAAUGAAAAGUUUGCUGAAAAGAAUUGUUUGGUUCUUACUGAUUCAAGUGGGCCUUUUGCUUCUUGCCAUUCCAUUGUGGACCCUAGAUCCUACCAUGAGAAAUGCAAAACAUUCACUUGCACUUGUGAAAAUACCAAAGAUUGCUUAUGUACAACAAUAGGAAAUUACGUAAAAGCAUGUGCUGAGAAUGGAAUAUACAUAACUGGUUGGAGAAAAGGUCAAUGUGAACAAACUUGUCAAAAUGGCCUGGUCUUCAAGUACAAUGUACAAGCUUGCAAUAGUUCUUGCCAAUCAUUAUCAGAGAGAGAUAAGAGCUGUGUCAUACAAGAUGUUCCAGUUGAUGGAUGUGCCUGCCCUGAUGGAAUGUAUCUUAAUAGUGAAGGAUCUUGCGUUCUGAAAACUCACUGUGACUGCUAUAUAAAUGAUGAAAUUGUGAAACCAGGCAAAAUUGCUUCCAUUGAUGGCAAUGUAUGUAUUUGCCAAGAUGGGAUUCUUCUUUGCCAACAGCCAAUUGACAAAAUCUCACAAAAUUGUACUGGAGGAGCUAUAUAUGUGAACUGCAGUGAAUCAAAUGCACAGCGAAGACAGGACAAAACAUGUAGCUCUCGGAAUAUACCUAGUUUUAACGAGGAUAUUCCCUGCAGACGCGGAUGCUUCUGUCCUAUAGGAAUGGUUAGGGAUUCAAAAGGAAACUGUAUCUUUCCUGAUGACUGCCCAUGUUUUUUUGGUGGAAGGGAAUAUGACCAAGGAAGUACUACAGCAGUUGGAUGCAAUGAAUGUACUUGUAUAAAAGGAUCUUGGAAUUGCACACAAAACAAGUGUCAAACAUCCUGCCAUAUUUAUGGGGAUGGACAUGUUAAAACCUUUGAUGGAAAGAGUUACAGCUAUGAUGGUCUCUGUCAGUAUUCCUUUGUUGAGGAUUAUUGUGGUCAAGACAAUGGUACAUUCCGAGUUUUAACUGAGAGUGUUCCAUGUUGUGAAGAUGGACUUACAUGCUCAAGAAAAAUAGUAGUUGCUCUGAAGGACCAAAAUGUUGUCUUGCAUGAUGGCAAAGUCACAGUAGUCAAAAUUUCGGAAAGCAAAGGAUGUGAACUCGAUACAAAUGUAUACUCUAUGCAUACUGUUGGUCUGUACUUGAUUUUGAAAUUUGUAAAUGGAUUGAUCCUGAUUUGGGACAAAAAUACAAGAGUAUCUGCUAUAUUGGAUCCAAGCUGGAGUGGCAAAGUGUGUGGUCUGUGUGGAAAUAAUAAUGGAGAUCUCAAGGAUGAUUUCACAACUAGACAUGCAUCUGUAGCUGUUGGAGCACUGGAAUUUGGAAAUAGUUGGAAAACAAGUCAAGAGUGUUCAGACACAGUGGUUCAAGCUUUCCCAUGUGACUCUAACCCAUACUGUAAAGCAUGGGCUAUAAGAAAGUGUGGAAUCAUCAGAGAUAGUACCUUUAAAGAUUGCCACAACAAGGUUGACCCUGAUGCUUACUAUACUGCUUGUUUAGAAGAAGCCUGUGCAUGUGAUAUGGAAGGAAAAUAUCUUGGAUUUUGCACUGCUGUGGCCAUGUAUGCAGAAGCUUGUAGUGCAGUUGGAGUUUGUGUCUCAUGGAGAAAGCCAGACCUUUGCCCUGUCUAUUGUGACUUUUACAAUGGCCCUGGUGAAUGCAGCUGGCAUUACGAGCCCUGUGGGACAGUGAAAGCAAAAACAUGCAAAGAUCAUCUUAUUGGUCAAAAAUUUGCUACUGUUUUGGAAGGUUGCUAUGCUAAAUGCCCUGACAGUGCCCCAUAUCUGGAUGAAAACACCAUGAAAUGUGUCAAUUUAUCGGAGUGCAGCUGCUUCUAUAAUGAUGUAAUACCAGCAGGUGGAAUCAUUGAAGAUGAAUGUGGCAGAACAUGUUUUUGCAUAGCUGGACAAUUACAGUGCAGUGAAGGAAUCAUAUCCACACAAACCAAUGGAACAAACAGAGCUGAAGGCACCACAGCAGCAAAGGCAGUGCCAGUCAGCACCAUUUCUAAUGGAGCCAUUCAAGAAGCGACCAUAUCCACAGGAGCAGGUGGGACAACCACAGCUGAGACUACCAUAAUAGGAACAUCAGCAAGAGUCAGCAAUGGCUUCAGCAGAACCACUCAAGGUUGGUAG